UCCAAGAUGGAGGCCAUCAUGACUGCUCUCGCUAAGGUCCGCAACGAUCUUGAACAGGCGCGUUCUGAAACAGCCGACUUAAGGGAAGAAUUGCACUCUCAGCAAAGCAAAAACAUGGAGCUCCAAAAUCAGCUGGAGAUGUCAGAGAUGGAGAAACAGCGACUUGUUCAGGAAGUCAGUGACUUACGAGAUACCGUGGAUCAAAUGAAUGAAGAGAAGAGGAAAUUUGGUCAAAACUUCAAGGAUGAAUUGCGAGAAUUGUUGUCGUAACUACACGAAAUUAAACUAGGGAUAUUCUGAGACAGAUGCUCAUUUGGAUAAAAGUAACGUAGUUCAAUCAAAUUCGAUAUACUACCAUGUACUGCGGAAAACAUGGUGCGCAUUAAUUUGUGACUUAUAUGUAAUUGUGCUUCACGCAGCCGUCAAGAUUUAUCGAGCUGUUUUUCGCCCCUUGCUGUUUAGAUUAGACGGAUAUUUGAACGAGACUGUGUUAUUAGUCGUAAUGUCUAAGACGAUGUUUACAUAACCAAUGUCAUUGUGACCUUGUCAAGUCACUACGCAGCUUUGCACGUCUGUCUCACUAUGUAUAAACGAACCUGGUGUGCAUGUCUAACUGAUGCUUAUAUUCGCCGUUGUCAGGCUCGCUGGCAUGAUGGAGCAAAUGUGGAGUUACUUAACAAGGAAGGUACAGCUGACGGUGUGUGGGAGCUUCACCUGAGUGGAAUUCGUUACGUGUUAAAAUCCUUUUGAUCUCUGCAAACACAGACGGUAAAUCUUGACCACGGGACAAGCUACGAGUCACAAUGGAAAAUACAAGACAAACCAGAGGGCAGCUAUAGGUCUGCGCUUUGUGUCUGUCUUCAAAGGAUUCAUUUUAAACAUAUUCUAUGGAAAUAACCACGUCAAAAUAUUAUCCAAACUUUACUGCUUUACCGAAAAAAAAAGCGGUUGAAAGGCUGACUGAGUCAAUAUGACAUUACUGUUGCAUUCGGCUGCCCUGCACUGCCUUCUUGCCUGUUGCGAAGUUGAUCUCUAGCAGUGGACAUAAAUAUAUUCGUUAUAACCAAAGGCUUUGGACAUUGCUCCGAAAAAAAAAUGCAGGGAAUUGUUUUUUUUUUCUUUUUACAUAUUUUUCUGUCAAUAAAUGUACUUCUUGACAUACAA